AUGUACCACGACUGGAAGAAUUAUCCAAAUUUUGAUAGAAGAGUUCAGAAAAUUUUCAUUUCAAAUGCAUAUUGCGGAAGGAAACUUAAUCUUUUCUUUUUUGUUAUACUAUUCUUUGCAGCAUUUGUUUAUGUCAUCUCUCCAAUGUAUCUUCAAUGGAAACAAAUGGCACUAUGUGAUAAAAUGAGAAUACUUGUUUUCAAAUCAAAGUUUUCUUUCGAUUUUCAAACAUCUCCGAACUAUGAAAUUCUGUAUCUUUUUCAAACUGUUGUCUGUUUAUAUUUGUGCCUCACGAUCUUUGCCUCUGAUUCCUUUUUAGUUAUUAUUGUACUUCACUUGAUUAGUCAGUUGGAAAUAAUUGUCAAUAAUAUAAGACACUGGGAUUACAAAAAUGUAAAUUGUCGUUUGAAAGUAAUGGAAUUCGGGGAAUGUAAUUGUUUUAAAUGCAUUAUAGAACAUCAUGUUCAGUUACGAAGGAAUUUAAAAAUAAUACAGGAUUCAUUCAACAUUAUCAUGUUUUUACAAUUCACUAGCAAUGCAUUUAUUUUAUGUGUUCAGGGUUACAUUAUUGUCAAAGCAACUUAUGCUGGAAAUCUUUUUGGUCUGCUUAGUUACAUGUCUUACAUUUUUUUCUCAACAUUUAAUGUUUUCAUGUAUUGCAAACUCGGGGAGCAUAUCAUCGAGAAGAGUACAUCAAUUUCUCGUGAAGUUGGCGAAAUACCAUGGUACAAUAUGAACGUAAAAUGCAGACGAUUGCUAAUUAUUAUAAUUCAACGAUCAAACAAGCCAUUCGAACUUAAGGCAGGACACUAUUUUAUCAUGUCCUUAGCAACAUACAAAAGUAUAAUUAUAACUGCUUUUACGUACGCCUCCUGUCUACUGGCAUUGAGUGAAAAAUAAUUUUUAAUCACAGAAAAUUUUUAAAAUAAUGCAAAUUAAAAAUAUUGUUUGUUUUGACGUGGAUUUAAACAAAAUAAUUCCAUCGAGACUGUAUCUUCCAAUGCGCCUGUAGAACUGCAAACUAAUCUACCUUCUUGUUGAGAAAUGAAAAUUUGAAAUAAAAAUAUAUACAAAACCUCGUGGAGUAAUUAAUGAGAGAUUUUUCGAAAGGAUAAAUUUUUCUUACGACAAAAAAAUGAUACGAGUAACCUACAUUACCAAAAAAAAUGAGAAAAAAAAUUCGAUUGAGAAAUAUUUUUGCAAUCAAUAAAAAGAAAUUAAAGUAUCAGCAUUGGAUCAUCAAGGUCAGUGACUUUUCAAAGUUACUACAUAGAAGCUGCAAAAUUGUCAAAUUAAUCAAUACCAAAUUUAUUUUUAAAAAAAUGUACCAAUUUUAUCUGUAACGAAAAAAUUUGCCAAAUUUAGUUUGUGACGAGAAAAAUAUACCAAAUUUUUGUUUAUAAGAAGAAAAAUACACGAAAUUUUGUUUGUAACAAAAAAAAGUACCAAAUUUUUUUAUAACAAUAAAAUAUACCAAAUUUUGUUUGUAACAAGAAAAAUAUACCAAACU